AUGCGCUUUCCAUUCUGUAGAUCCCUCCCCUCCCCUCACCGCAUCCACGGUGAGGCUUCCCGGCGGGAUGGGGCAUUGAAGGGCCUGUGCUAUUCCGGGAGGCUGUCGGCAGCAGUGGAGCUCAUGUGCGCUCGAGGUUCCCCUGCGGAUGACCAGACGUACAAGCUUCUCUUUCAGGAGUCAAUACAUUGGAAGGAAUACAGGCUCGGGAGGAGAAUUCAUGCUCAGAUGAUCGUCACCGGAUUCGCCCCCGACGAAUAUCUGAAAACGAAAUUAGUCAUUCUCUAUGCGAAAGACGGGGAUCUCUCAACUGCACAGAAGAUCUUCGAUGAAAUGCCUAAACGGAGCGUGAUUCCCUGGAACGCGAUGAUAUCUGGAUAUGUGCAGAGCGGGCUUGAAGAGGAGGGGUUAGACAUCUUCUUCCUGAUGCUAGCCUCCGGGAUGAGCCCAGAUCAGUUCUCUUUCGCGUCGGCUUUCCGGGCGUGUGCCCGGCGAGCAACGCUGGAAUGUGGAAGGAGGGUCCAUGCCAUCAUGGUGAAAACUCUGGUGAUCGCCAAUGUAGUGGUGAGCAGUGCGCUGGUGGAUAUGUAUUUCAAGUGCAGCGCACCAGAUGACGGUCGGCGGGCCUUCGAUACCUCGCCGGAGAGGAAUAUCGUCACUUGGACGGUCCUGAUCUCUGGGUACGGGGUACAUGGCUGCGCCGCGGAUGUCAUCGAGCUCUUCCGCCGCAUGCUGGACGAAGGCUUCCGGCCGAAUCACAUCACCUUCGUCGCAGCUAUUUCUGCUUGCGGCAGAAGAGGGCUGGUUGGUGAAGCUUGGGGAUACUUCAAUUCCAUGUCGAGAGACUACAAUAUCCGGCCAAGAGGGGAGCACUACGCUGCCAUGGUCGACCUUCUGGGAAGAUCGGGAAGGUUGGAGGAGGCCUACGAGAUGGUGAAGAAGGGUCCUUCUGAGCAGCACCCUAUUAUGUGGGGAGCCUUGCUCGGUGCUUGCAAGGUUCACGGAGAUGCCGGGCUUAUGAAGAUUGCGGCGGAACAGUUCUUCGGUCUGAUGCCAGAGAAUACAGGAAAAUAUGUCGUGCUCUCAAAUUUCUACGCGGGUCAGGGGAGGUGGGAGGAUGUGGUGGGUAUCCGUGGACUGGUUAGAACACUUGGAAGAAAGAAGGAUCCUGGCCAGAGCUCCGUGGAGAUCAGAGGGAAGGUCCACACCUUCCUCGCCGGAGAUAAACUCCAUGAGGAGAUUGACAGCAUAGAAGAGGUCGUCAGAACGCUGGGGGCCUUGUCAGGGGAAGAGGGUAUAGGGGUAAUUUCGUUUUAG